AUGGCUGCUGUGUUGGGUCCGUGGCGUCUCGACCGAAUGCCAAACGACUCUCACAAUGCCGAGCUCUGCAGCGUGAUGGCCUGCUUCGUCGUCGACGGUGGCGUCUCGAGGAUGGGAUGCCGCGGGUUCGCUACGGCAGAGGAGGGAGCGACGGGAUUGAGUUGUGGAUGGAAACAGGUGGCGUCCACGGAUGAGGGAUUGAAGGAUCUCUUCAUUGACGAGCCAAAGGCCAAGAAGGCCCGGACAAGUCCAGAGGAGGAGUAUGAGGAAGAGGAGGAUAUCGGCGAUGGCAACGACGCCGCCGACGAGGAUGAUGACAAUGACAGUGCCGUCGACGAGGACGAGGACGAGGACGAGGACGGUGGCGACGAUGACGACUUUCAUUCGUGGGCUGAGUAUCAUCUCGGCCAUGAGUAUACAUGUUCAAAGGUCAGGCUUCAGGCCAGGCUUUGA